GCCAAAAAACCGAGAGAAGAAGAAGAAGAAGAAGAAGAAGAAGCCGACUCCGAGCUGUCCGACUUCAGGCGAGCUUUUUGAGACCUCCCCCGGCUGCGAUCGGCUAUUCUCGUCUACUUUCGAGGCGAGCCGCAGCUCGUCUCAAACAAGCCUAUUCUUAACCGAUCUGCAGCUGAGUUGCAAGGCAUACUUCAUCAAGGGGAGCUUUCACCUUGAGGUGGGUGAAAGGUUAAAUGCUGUAAGAAGUGCAAUGUGCCAGAGGUUAACUACAGCAGGAAGAGGAGACUGAAAGGGAAAAAAAACAAAGAAAGGACACAGUUUCCAAGCAUUUUUCGGAGAGGGCAACACAUUAGCAACAGAAGAGAAGGAGAAAAUACAAAAACUAUGACAUACCGGUUCUUUGAGGGGAAGGAUCAUGCCUCUGUUUACCAAAAGUAUCGAUUUACGCCUCCAGACGAGCUAAAGAACAUUAUUCUUCAGUACCUUGAUAAAAAGAAAGGAAAGCCACAUGUGCUUGUUGUAGAUCUGGGAUGUGGAACAGGUCAGAAUUCCCGACUUCUGGCACCACAUUUCCAGGCAGUGGUGGGCAUCGACAUCAGCGAGUCUCAACUGGAGGAGGCCAAAGGUGUGCCAGGGUAUCCUAACAUCACAUACAGGAAAGGGUCAGCGGAGGAGCUUCCUUUCCCAGAUGGCUCUGUGGACUUGCUGACUGCAGCAUCAGCAGCCCACUGGUUUGAUCAGCCCAGGUUCCUGGCUGAGGCAUGUCGGGUUUUAAAACCAGGUGGUUGUGUUGCUCUUCUGGGCUACAGUUGCUCUUUCCCCAGACUUCACUACCAGGACUGUGGAGAGAGACUCGACCACAUAUGUGAAGAGGUGAGGCAGGUACUGUUGCCAUACACUAGCAAUCAAGUAGCUGUGGCUUUGGGCAAGCUGGAAGAGCUCUACUCAGCCAUCCCUUUUCCCGACAAAGAAAGGGUUGAGGGCCUUCAGGUGAACUCGUCGACCUCUGUGAGGAACCUGAUGGGUUUCAUUGAGUCACUUUCCAGUUUCCAAGCUUACAAGAAGAAAGAUCCCCAGACGGCUGAAAACCUGCUGCUUCAUACUCAGAACAGGUUUCUGGAGGAGAUGGGAGUCAUGUCUCCUGACAUGGAAAUGAAGCAGGAACUGGAAUAUUUCUGUGUCCUGGCAUCAAAACCACUAUAAUCAACCAUGUGGCAUUGGGUGUGUGUUUUGAGAAAUAGUUUGUGAUCCUUAGAUGUUAACAUUUACAACUUAUGAACUAUAAGAUGUUACUCAUUGAUGGAGGGAUUUGUUAAAUGUAAAAAAUGUUUUCCCUCAAGUUCAACUCAUUGACCGUCUUGUGUAAUGCAUGUGGAUCAUCUUUGACCAGACUUAGAAUAUAAUCUUUCACACAAUGUUUAGACCAGUUUACAGAUGAUUUAUUAAAUACUUUAUAGACUAAACAUCUACUGUCUCUUUCUAGUCUUGAAGUUUUGCUUUUGCAGUGUAACUUCCUUUCAAUUUGUUUCCGUUUAGAGUAGCUGAACCAUGAGAGGUUACAUAACUGGAUAUUAUUUUGAAAUAACCUACCUUUAUUAUUUCACAAAAGGGGUGCUUAGAUGCUUUGGUUCAAAUGAUAAGUGACGUUUUUUAGCCAAGGUUCUUUACUUACUUUAAUGGCAUCUUUGCCUUUUCUUUAUUCUUUCUCUUUUUUUAGUGUUGCUUGGCAGAGUUUGUGAUGUACCUGCUUUGUACACUGUAAUUAAAUCAAAGUAGCUAUUCACAGCACAGCUUCUUACAAAGAAAGAGAAGGCCAACCCAUCUGUACUGUAAUAAAAAAAAUGCCUAAUGUUGAAAA